GCGUUUGCGUCGUGUGCCUGUGCCCGUGUCCACGACUGCUGCCUAGCUGCUACCGUUUACCGUGUGUGCGUGUGCGUGUGACGUUUGUCAGUGUGUGUGCGCGAUCGAGUGUGUUCCUCGCGCCUGCCUAACCUACUUCGCCGAGUCACACAUUUUAAUUGAUCAAAUUUCAGAAAAAUAAUACUCGGCACGACGGUGUAUAAUAUUUUUCAUUGUGUACCAUUGUAUCACUGCUCUGGUCGCGGACAACGGCAGAAACCCGCAGAAUACUGUUGACACAGUCGCACGCUAAGUCCGCCGUGUGUGCAUUUUUUCAGUUUCUCGUGUCGUUCUCUCGUUCUUCUCUUCACAUUCGCCCGAAAUGACUACCAACGGCGAAGAGACCACUUCGGAUCGCAACGUAGAGAUAUGGAAGAUCAAGAAGCUCAUCAAGAGUCUGGAAAUGGCCAGAGGUAAUGGAACAAGUAUGAUAUCAUUAAUCAUACCACCUAAGGAUCAAAUUUCUAGAGUGAGUAAAAUGUUGGCUGAUGAAUAUGGUACUGCAUCAAAUAUCAAGUCACGUGUAAACAGAUUGUCAGUAUUGGGUGCCAUUACGUCGGUACAGCAAAGAUUAAAACUUUACACUAAAGUUCCACCUAAUGGAUUAGUAGUGUAUUGUGGAACCAUUGUGACUGAGGAAGGUAAAGAAAAGAAAGUCAAUAUUGAUUUUGAGCCAUUCAAACCUAUUAAUACUUCUUUGUACCUUUGUGAUAAUAAGUUUCAUACAGAAGCGCUUACAGCAUUAUUAGCAGAUGACAAUAAAUUUGGUUUCAUUGUGAUGGAUGGUAAUGGUGCAUUGUUUGGUACAUUGCAAGGAAACACUAGAGAGGUUCUUCAUAAAUUUACUGUUGACUUACCGAAAAAACAUGGUAGAGGAGGUCAAUCUGCUUUACGUUUUGCUCGUCUACGUAUGGAAAAAAGACACAAUUACGUACGUAAAGUAGCAGAAGUAGCCACUCAGUUAUUUAUCACAAAUGACAAACCUAAUAUAGCUGGAUUAAUAUUGGCUGGUAGUGCAGACUUUAAAACAGAACUUAGUCAAUCCGAUAUGUUUGAUCCCCGGUUGCAAGCUAAAAUUAUUAAACUAGUUGAUGUAUCUUAUGGUGGUGAAAAUGGUUUUAAUCAAGCAAUUGAAUUAGCUGCCGAAUCAUUACAAAACGUUAAAUUUAUUCAAGAAAAAAAAUUAAUAGGACGAUAUUUUGAUGAGAUCAGUCAAGAUACUGGAAAAUAUUGUUUUGGUGUUGAGGAUACUUUAAAAGCUCUAGAACUUGGAUCAGUAGAAACAUUAAUAUGUUGGGAAAACCUAGACAUUCAGAGAUAUGUUUUAAAAAACCAUACAACAGCUGAAGAAAAAAUAUUACAUUUGACCCCAGAACAAGAAAAAGAUAAAACACAUUUUACAGAAAGAGAUACUGGUGUAGAAUUGGAAUUAGUUGAGUGUCAGCCACUUUUGGAAUGGCUGGCAAAUAAUUAUAAAAUGUUUGGAGCUACCUUAGAAAUAAUUACAGAUAAAUCACAAGAAGGGUCACAAUUUGUAAGAGGAUUUGGUGGCAUAGGAGGCAUACUCCGCUACAAGGUUGAUUUUCAGUCCUUGCAAGCGGAUGAGCCAUUGGACGAUGUGAAUCUUGAUGAUUACUAACUAAAUUAACUAACCUAAGGAUUAUUACGUUAUAAAGUUGAUUUCCAAAGUAUGCAGUGUGACGAUUUGGAUCCAAAUGAACUUUAUGAUAUUGAUGAUUAUUAGGAUGUUAAAUAUUAAAAGAAUACCCAUUGAAUACUUAGGGCAACAAAUAAGUACAGUUCAUUUUAGCUUAAGCAUUUUGGAAAAAAGAAGAAUUCUAUUAUUAUUUUAAACAUAAUUAUUUCCUUUACUUGAUGUUAUCUUUUUAUUCAAAAGUAAAAAAAAAAAAAAUAAUCAUAAUUCCAUUAAAUUUAAAAAUAUAUAUUUAUAUUUUUUAACAUUUCAAUAUUGUGUUUCCCUUUAUUAUUAUUUAAGUUCUCCAAUGAUGAAAUUUAAAAAAAUAGAUUACUGUGAGUAAUAUACAGGGUGAUGCAUGAGUAUUAACACAGGUUAUUGAAAUAUAAUUUUGUUUUGGAAUACUUGAAUUAUGAAAUUCUUUUUUUUUUUUAAGAUAUAAUUUAGGCUCAAUGGACUUCAAAAAUCCCAAUUUAAAUUAAUUUAUAUAACUAUAUAAAUUAAUAUCUCAAUAUUUUAUUCAUACUUUUAUUUACUUUUUUAUAUUAUUUUUCAGAAAUGAAUGUCUGAAUAUUUAACAAAAAACCUUGUUACAUCCUUUUAAAGUCCUUCUAUAUGUAAAAUAAUUAUUAUAUACAUAGUUUUAAUAUUAUAUAAUUUUAAUAUUGUAUGUAGAUAGUUAUAUUUUUGACUUAUUGAUUUUAUGGUAUUAUUGUACAACUCAAAUCGACUAUUUUUUUCUUUAGGCUUUACAUAAUCUUGGUAGGAAAUACUUUUAUCAGAGAAUAGUACAUAUUUGAUUCAAUACUGCAAAGGCACAAUUGCAUAUUUAUUUUUAUUUAUUCAAUUUGCUCAACUGCUAUAAAAUAUAAAUACAAUUAGAUAAAAAAAAAAAAUAUUUUUAGUGUACAUUUUUCUAUGUUCACAAAUAUGUAUUUUUAAUGCUUCUUUUUCGUGAACAAAAAAAAAAUUCCAAACUCUAAAGCUUCAAUUACCAUUCAUUGGUUGAGUUCAAUUUCUGGAUCUUUAUUAACCACCGGCAUUACAAGAUAUUCUUAAUAUGCAUACAUGCUCUUUUGGGUGGAGUACAAAAAUUUAAGCAACCAUGUGAUAGUAUACAAUUUGUAAUUUGUACUAUGUCUUAUUAAAUAUAAUUUAUUUACAAGAGUGGCCUUAGGAUUAUGUGACUAUUGAAAUGCUUUUGUGUGGAACACCUUAGAUUGGUAGAUUUUUUUGUUUUAACUUUUAGCCUAAUUUAUAUUUGUAUUUUAUAUAUAUAUUUUUUUUAAUUGUAAAAAAAUAUAAAUAGAAGCUUAAUAUCUAAUA